AUGAGAGAAUUGAGUCCAAAGCUAUCUAUUAGUAUUCAGAUAUUUUUCAUAAAUCCUGUAAAUGAUAGAGAAGAGUUUAAUUAGAUAUAGCUUUUCAUGUAAAUAUUUAAUUUCAGAGAAAAUAGGGAAAGUGUUUCUCUAAUAAAUUAAUCAAAAUCAGAAUUAAAUUAUAAAAGAAUCCAUAUUUAUACAAAUUUCAAAAAUAGAUUUUUAUAAAUAUAUGAAGCAACAAACAAAUAAGCGUCAAAAGCCGAAAUCAAGUGUAAAUUUAUCUAAAAUGAAGCCAGUUGAAGUAAAAACCAUUAAUAAAACGACCCACCUUAUGCAGAAAACAGUUGAGACAUCAAUUACUAGGUGCAAAAAAGGCAAAAAGCCGAAAAUGCUCAAUUUAUUAGAGAAAAUUCAAAAAAAUCAGUCAAAAGAGCCUAAAGAAAGUCCAAAUAUAAAAUCAGAACAAGAUCCAAUCAUGAUGGAUUGGACUCCAAUAUUUAAGACUAUAAUUGUAUCAAGAAAUUCAAAAGGAAAAAUUAAUGAAGAAUUCAGUGGACGAAAAACCAUGAGUUCUAAUUUCCCCUUUAAAUUAGAACAAUACACAGGUAAAAUUUCCAUUUUUUGGUGCUGUAGCCCCCUUUAAAUUAGAACAAAUUCUUUUUUCAAUAGAAAAAUUUUAUAGGUGAAAUUAAUGUUUUACCUAAUACAAUGGAAAAGUGAAUAGAAUUUUAUUUAAAACAGCUUUCACACUGAAUCGAUUAAUUUUUGAAUUAAUUCUUUGUUCAAUUUAUAUAUUUUUUUAGUUUUUAAAAAUUUUUAAGAAAAAUAGAACAGGAUUUGCUGUCAAUUCAAGGGCGGGAGGAAUGAGCGUAAAGAUUCCGAUCUUAAUCAGUCUGAUGAUAUCGGGAUUAUUUAUCAGAAAGAAAAUCCAAAAAUAUGGGCCCAAGGUAUUGAAAAUGUUCCCUGCAGUGAAGCUCCAAUCGAGGAUAAACCAAAUUUUCCAAUUCGUUUUUAA